AUGGGAUUUCUUGGCCACAUUGUUUCUGCAGAGGGAGUUUCUGUGGAUCCGGCUAAGAUUGAGGCUAUCAGAGAUUGGCCUAGACCUAGUAGUGCCACCGAGAUCAGGAGUUUUCUGGGUUUGGCAGGAUACUACAGGAGGUUCGUCAAGGGGUUUGCUACCAUGGCGCAGCCGAUGACGAAGUUGACCGGGAAGGAUGUCCCUUUUAUUUGGUCAGCUGAGUGUGAGGAGAGCUUUAGUCAGCUCAAGGAGAUGUUGACUACUACACCAGUGUUGGCGUUACCCGAGCCAGGGAAGCCUUACAUGGUGUAUACAGAUGCUUCAGGCAUUGGUCUUGGUUGUGUGCUGAUGCAGGAGGGCAGAGUGAUAGCAUAUGCUUCGAGACAGUGGCAGGGCAGUGAGCGUAACCGUCCUACACAUGACUUAGAGUUGGGAGCAGUGAUCUUCGCGUUGAAGAUUUGGAGGUCUUACUUGCUAGGUGAGACAGUACAGGUCUUCACGGAUCACAAGAGUUUGCAGCAUAUCUUCACUCAGCCGAUGAUGAACGCGAGACAGACGCGCUGGGUUGAGUUCUUGGCGGAUUAUCAGGUGAGCAUUAACUACCAUCCGGGCAAGGCUAACCUAGUGGCGGACGCGUUGAGUAGACGGAGGUAUGAUUCCGCAGUUGAGCGAGAUGUGGAGUCUCUAGUUGGCGAGAUCAGUACCUUGCGUUUGUGUGCCAUUUCGCAGGAGCCUUUGGGUUUAGAGGCAGUGGAUCAGGCGGAUCUACUUAGCAGGAUCAGAGUUGCUCAGCAGAGUGAUCAGAGUUUGCUGGAUGCGACGAGAGUGACUGGUUCUGAGUAUGAGGUCUCUGCGAAUGGGACUAUCUUGGUUCGUGGGCGAGUUUGUGUGCCUAAGGAUGUGGAGUUGAGACAUCAGAUUUUGGGAGAGGCUCACGCGAGCAAGUUUUCCAUUCAUCCGGGAGCGACCAAGAUGUACCAUGACCUCAAGAGGUACUAUCAUUGGGUCGGGAUGAAGAGGGAUGUAGCAGACUGGGUUGCGAAGUGCAACACUUGUGCCUUGGUGAAGGCAGAGCAUCAGGUUCCGGGUGGUCUUUUGCAGAGUUUACCCAUUCCCGAGUGGAAGUGGGAUAGGAUUACGAUGGAUUUCGUGGUUGGACUACCUGUUUCGAGGACUUUCGAUGCUAUCUGGGUGAUUGUGGAUCGGUUGACUAAGUCUGCACAUUUCUUGGCCAUCAAGAAGACAGAUGGAGCUGCUGUCUUGGCUAGGAAGUUUGUGCGAGAGAUUGUGAGGCUGCAUGGAGUGCCAGCUAGUAUUGUGUCAGACCGUGAUCCCAGAUUCACUUCAGAGUUUUGGAGGGCGUUUCAGGCAGAGAUGGGCACUAAGGUGCAUCUGAGUACAGCUUAUCAUCCGCAGACAGAUGGUCAGUCAGAGAGGACUAUUCAGACUUUGGAGGAUUUGCUGAGGAUGUGUGUGUUGGAUUGGGGUGGCCAUUGGGCAGAUCACCUGAGCUUAGUUGAGUUUGCAUACAACAACAGCUUUCAGGCGAGUAUUGGCAUGGCUCCAUUUGAGGCUUUGUAUGGGAGGCCAUGUAGGACACCCCUAUGCUGGACCCAAGUGGGGGAGCGCAGCAUGUAUGGAGCUACUUAUGUUCAGGAGACGACAGAGAAGGUUCGUGUUGUGAGGCUGAACAUGAAGGAGGCUCAGGAUAGGCAGAAGAGUUAUGCAGAUAGACGCAGACGAGAGCUUGAGUUUCAGGUUGGAGAUAGAGUUUAUCUCAAGAUGGCUAUGUUGAGGGGUCCUAACAGAUCCAUAGCAGAGAACAAGCUGAGUCCGCGAUUUAUGGGUUUUUCAUGUGUCGAUGCUGAGGAAGUGUCUUCACCUACAGAGGAGUUAGUGGCUAGGAUUCCAGAGGAUCUUCAGCCAGAUUUGACAGUGCCGGCAGUGCCUAUGAGGAUUUUAGAGAGGAGGGAAAAGGUUCUGAGGAACAAGAGGAUUCCCUUACUGAGGAUUUUGUGGGAUUGCAGUGGUUCUACAGAGGAGACUUGGGAGCCAGAGGCAAAGAUGAAGUUGAAGUUCAGGAAGUGGUUCGACAAGCAGGUCGAGGAGUGA